GCUCCGCGCCCCCAGCCCCGCGCCAUGCAGCGAGCGCGGGCCGGCGGCGGCCUGUCGUCCCGCGGCCCGCAGGUGAAGCUGCGCAAGAGGAAGUCGGCGCGGUACCUGGGCGCCCAGGAGCGCCCGGCGCGCGGCCGAGAUCUGAUGGGUGAAAGCAUUUACCUGGUCCUGUUCACUGUCGCCUUCCGAGUCUGUAACUGCUUUCUCGUGCGGACAAGUUUUGUUCCGGAUGAAUACUGGCAGUCUCUGGAAGUUGCACAUCACAUGGUUUUCGAUUACGGCUAUUUGACCUGGGAGUGGACAGAAAGAUUGAGGGGCUAUACUUACCCUCUAAUCUUUGCAAGCAUUUAUAAGAUUCUCCAUCUUUUGGGGAAAGAUAGUGUCCAGUUGCUGAUUUGGAUUCCUAGACUCACCCAAGCAUUUCUGUCUGCUAUAGCAGACCUGAGACUUUACUCAUUAAUGAAGCAGUUGGAAAACCAGCAAGUGGCCAGAUGGGUGUUUUUUUGCCAGUUAUGCUCUUGGUUCACAUGGUAUUGCUGUACCAGAACUCUCACAAACACCAUGGAAACUGUUCUCACAAUUGUUGCCCUUUUCUACUAUCCUCUGGAAGGUUCAAAGUCGAUAAGCAGUGUUAAAUACUCGUCACUAGUGGCACUUGCAUUCCUGAUCCGCCCCACCGCUCUGAUUCCGUGGGUUCCUCUGCUUUUUCGACAUUUCUGGCAAGAACAGAGAAAGCUUGACCUUACUCUGCAUCAGUUCUUACCUGUAGGAUUUGUCGCUUUGAGUUUGUCUCUGAUAAUCGACCGUAUUUUUUUUGGUCAAUGGACCCUGGUUCAGUUUAAUUUUCUGAAAUUUAACGUGCUGCAGAAUGUGGGCGCCUUUUACGGCUCUCACCCCUGGCACUGGUACCUCAGCCAAGGCUUCCCCGCCAUCCUGGGCACACACUUGCCCUUCUUUAUCCACGGCUGCUUCAUAGCACCAAGGAGGAGUCAGGUACUCUUGGUCCCUGUGGUGUGGACGAUGCUGGUUUAUAGCAUGUUGAGUCACAAAGAAUUCAGGUUUAUCUAUGCAGUUCUACCAUUCUGUAUGGUGUUCUGUGGGUACUCACUAAACCACUUGAAAACAUGGAAGAAACCAGCUCUAACUUUCCUGUUUUUAUCAAAUACGCUCCUCGCCCUCUAUACUGGUUUAAUCCAUCAGCGAGGUGCUCUUGAUGUCCUGACUUACAUUCAAGAACUGUGUCACAACAAUCCCAAUAAAUCUUCAGUAUUUGUCAUGAUGCCUUGCCACUCUACACCUUAUUAUAGCCAUGUCCACUGUCCACUCCCAAUGAGGUUUCUACAGUGCCCCCCAAACCUGACUGGGGAGAGCCACUAUCUUGAUGAAGCUGAUACAUUUUACCUGAAUCCUUCAACCUGGUUAGAUAAAGAGUUUCACAAAGAUUCAGCACUACCUACUCACUUGCUCAUCUUCAGCGUUUUGGAAGAGGAAAUAAAUACUUUCUUAAUUUCAAACAACUAUGAAAGAACUACUGUUUUCUUCCACACUCAUUUUCCAGAAGGUCGAACUGGAAGUCAUAUAUUUGUCUAUGAACGGAAAUUAAAAGGGAAACUCAGCAGAAGAUGAAAUUUGGAACUGUGUGUAGAUUGAAAUACUCAGAUCCUGCUUAAAUAUACAAAUAAACAUGGGUAAGAUUCGUGGUACUAGCAAAAUAAUUAUGCACUUCCUUACCAAAUAUCACUAGUGAGGUGUAUUGAAAUAAA